AUGGAGCCCAGACCCGACAAAAUGAGCCUGAUGGACAUCAACAAGAUGUUCUCCCUGCUGCAGCCCAGGGAUGACGAGGAGGACAGCGAGGAGAGCGAGGAGCUGAGCCGGGCAGUGUGCCAAGACGACCACGAAACGCUGGCCAGGCUCCUGUCCCAGGACAGGUACAAGAGGCUCAUCAACCGCAGGAGCGGCUGGGGCGUGCCCAGCACCCCCCUGCGCCUGGCGGCCACCUGGGGCUGCGUGCGGAGCCUGCGGCUGCUGCUGGCCCACGGCGCCCAGGUGGACAGCCUGGACGUGAAGGCGCAGACGCCGCUCUUCGUGGCGGUCAGCAACGGGCACGGCGAGUGUGUGCGGCUGCUGCUGGAGGCCGGCGCCAGCCCCGCGGGCAGCGCCUACAACAACUGCUCGCCGCUGCUGCUGGCCGCCAGGGACGGCCACACGGCCAUCCUGCGGCAGCUGCUGGAGCACGGCGCCGAGGCCAACGUCCGGGCGAGGCUGCCCGAGUGGGCGGCCAACUCGGCGGCCUGCUCCGGGCCGCUGUACCUGGCGGCGGCCUACGGGCACCUGGAGUGCUUCCGCCUGCUGCUGCUGCACGGCGCUGACCCCGACUACAACUGCACCGAGCAGGGCGUCCUGGCGCAGAUCCGCGAGCCCAAGACCCUGCUGGAGACGUGCCUGAGGCACGGCUGCCACAGCGACUUCAUCCGCCUGCUCAUCGACUUCGGGGCCAACGUGUACCUGCCCAGCGUGCCCGCCGACAGGGCGGCCCCGCGCAGUGAGGGGCUGGAGCUGCUGCUGCAGGCCAGAGCUCAUCCCAAAUCACUGCUGUCCCAAUCCCGACUGGCCAUGAGGCGUCUCCUGAAGCAGCCCGGCCGCUCGGCCACCCUGGGAGAGCUGGAGAUCCCCAGAGCCCUGGCCAAAUACCUGCAGCACCAGCCGUGAUCCCAGCCUGCCCCAGGGACACCCUGAUUAAAACCUGCUCCACCCC